UCCAGCGCACCGCCGGGCAUGGAGCAGUUCGUCAGGAAGCGCCUGACCUUCCUGACAUCCUUCUGGAACAAGCUCCGUCCCCGCUCCGUGACGGAGAGCUGCUCGCUGGGGUAUCUUGGCUCUGAUUCCGUUUCGCUCAACUCGGAGGCGACUUCCAUUUCCUUCAUCCCCAAGUCGUCUCUCUGUAUCGCUUUGUACGCUUUCACAGCCCGCAGCGCCGAGGAGCUGAGCAUAAGCGCAGGGGACAAACUGCGUGUCCUCAGAGAGGAGGGCGAGUAUGUGUUAGCCCGGCGGCUGCUGGGGGAGCCGGCCAUGGGCUACGUCCCCGCUGCCUACGUGGCCAACCUCAGCCAGGGCACCUCCGCUCACCGCCCCUGGUACUUCAGCAAGAUCAGCCGAAAUGAAGCGGAGCAGCUCCUCCUCUCGCCUCCCAACCAGCACGGCUCCUUCCUCGUCCGGGACAGCGAGAGCAGCAAGGGAGAAUACUCUCUCUCAGUUCGCAACCACACCAAGGUCAGCCACUUCCGAAUCUGCAAGAGCCCCAGGGGCAGCCUCUACAUCCAGAAGGGACACCCCUUUCCCAACAUGGAGGAGCUCCUCGCCUUCUACACGGAGCACUGGAAGGUCAUCCAGAGCCCCCUGCUGCAGCCCUGCAGCCCUGCGACUCCCCCCGAGAGGGAUGGCUGGGAGCGCCCACGCUGGGAGUUCACCCUGCGGAGGAAGCUGGGAGAGGGCUACUUUGGAGAGGUGUGGGAAGGGCUGUGGAGGAACACCGUGCCAGUGGCCAUCAAGAUCAUUAAAGCUGACAUGAAAGCAGAAGACUUCACCAAGGAGAUUCAGAACCUGAAGCGCCUGAGGCAUGAGAAGCUGAUCCAGCUGCACGCCGUGUGCUCCCUGGAGGAGCCCGUGUACAUCAUCACCGAACUCAUGCGCAAGGGCAACCUCCACAGCUACCUCAACAGUCCUGAGGGGAAGUCCCUGGGCACCUCCCACCUGCUCAACAUCUCCUGCCAAGUGGCGGAUGGGAUGAGGUACCUGGAGGAGAAGCACAUUGUCCACCGGGAUCUGGCAGCCAGAAACAUCCUGGUUGGAGAGGAACUCACCUGCAAAAUCGCUGAUUUCGGACUUGCCCGGCUCCUCAAGGAUGACAUUUACUCCACCAGCAGCAGCACUAAGAUCCCAGUGAAGUGGACAGCCCCAGAGGCAGCCAACUACCGCACCUACUCCCUCAAGUCCGACGUCUGGUCCUAUGGGAUUCUGCUCUACGAGGUCUUCACAUAUGGACAGAUCCCCUAUGAAGGAAUGACAAACCAAGAAACCGUACGGCAAAUCACCAGGGGCUACCGCCUGCCCCGGCCCAGCCCCUGCCCUCCUGAGAUCUACAGCAUCAUGCUGGAGUGCUGGAGUGGCAACACAGAGGAGCGUCCCACCUUCCUGGCCCUGAGGGAGAAGCUGGGCUUCAUCUACAGGCGGCUGCUCAGCUCCCUGUCCUGAGGGACCCCUUCCCACCAUCCUUCCUGCACA